UUGUUAGCGGCGUUCUUCACUCAGUCUUGCGCCGUGGGAAGCAUUUACUACCAUUGCUACAAGGGUUGGCUGAAGCCGCCGAUUCUGGAGGCGCAAACGAUGAUUCCUGGGCUACCUCCCCUGAAGCCUAAGGAUAUGCCUUCACUCAUAUAUGAAUAUGGAUCUUACUCGGCGGCUUUCGACAUGCUCUUGGCGCAGUUCGAUAACAUCGAUAAGGCCGAUUGGGUGCUCUGCAACACGAUCUACGAGCUGGAGCAAGAGGUGAGAAACUGA